GAAGAAGCUGCAGGCUCUCGCAAACCACCCCCAAAUCAAACCGCAGAAACCUCUCUUUCUCUCUCGCCGUAGCUCUAGCGUCUAGGGUUUAUUCUCCGUCUCGUCUUCGCCGUUUCUUAUUAGCUAAAGAUAUGGGUUCUGAUGAAGAUAAAGCGCUACCGCUUCCUCCACCUGUCCUUCCUCCAAACCUUCUUCCCGAGGUGGAGUCCAUCAAGAAGAACACUCUCCUUCCGAUGGCCCGGCGUGGCACUGGGUCCAAAGGACAGAGGAUUCCUCUUCUCACCAAUCACUUCAAAGUGAACUUCAACAACGCCAACGGCCAGUUCUUCCAUUACAGUGUUGCUAUAACGUAUGAAGAUGGCCGUCCGGUGGAAGCUAAAGGUAUCGGUAGGAAGAUCCUUGACAAGGUUCAGCAGACCUAUAAAACUGACUUGGGAUCCAAGUACUUUGCAUAUGAUGGCGAGAAGACUCUCUUCACCGUUGGUCCUCUUCCCAGCAACAAACUUGACUUCUCUGUCGUUCUUGAAGACGCUCCUUCUAGCAGGAACAACACUGGAAACGGUAGCCCGAAUGAGUCUAAUGACGCUGACAGGAAACGAUCAAAGAGGCCCAAUCAGUCCAAGAAGUUCAUGGUGGAGAUAAGCUAUGCGGCUAAGAUACCCAUGCACGCUAUUGCAGCCGCUCUCCAAGGGAAGGAAACGGACAGCCUUCAAGAUGCGAUCAGAGUGCUUGACGUCAUUCUCAGACAGAGUGCAGCUAGACAAGGUUGUCUCCUAGUUCGGCAGUCGUUCUUCCAUAAUGACGCCCAGAACUUUGUACCAAUCGGUGCAGGUGUUGUUGGUGUCAGAGGGUUCCAUUCAAGCUUCCGAACAACUCAGGGAGGCUUGUCCUUGAACAUAGACACUUCAACUACCAUGGUUGUACAACCUGGCCCUGUGGUUGAUUUUCUCCUGGCGAAUCAGAAUGUGAAAGACCCCUACUCUGUUGACUGGAACAAGGCUAGACGUGUUCUCAAGAAUCUCAGAGUCAAGGUUGCUCCCUCAAACCGAGAGUACAAGAUUAGUGGACUUAGUGAAAAUCGCUGCAAAGAGCAAAUGUUCUCUCGGAAUUCCAAGAACGAUAUGGGCGAAGUUGUGGAGCAUCAGACGACUGUGUUUGAGUAUUUCACCGAGUUCCGUAACAUCCAACUGCAGUACUCUGGUGACUUCCCUUGCAUCAACGUUGGCAAGCCAAAGCGCCCUACUUACAUCCCCAUUGAGCACUGUGAGCUUGUGAGUCUCCAGCGCUACACAAAGUCACUUACCAAUCUUCAGAGGGCUUCCCUGGUUGAAAAGUCUAGGCAGAAGCCACUGGAAAGGAUGACAUCUCUAACCACUGGUCUGAAGAACAGCAACUAUAAUGCUGACUUGGUGUUGCAAGAGAGUGGUGUCAGCAUCGGCUCUAGCUUCACCCACGUGGAGGGCCGCAUCUUACAAGCACCAAAGCUGAGAGUGGGCAAUGGAGAGGACUUUCAACCUCGCAAUGGGCGUUGGAACUUCAACAAUAAGAAACUGGUUGAGCCAACCACUGUCACUAGGUGGGCUGUGGUGAACUUCUCCGCUCGCUGUGACACAAACCGGCUCAUUCCGGACUUGAUUCGCUGCGGCAACAUGAAAGGCAUUAACGUGGAGCCUCCUUACGAAGUGGUCUUUCAAGAAAAUGCUCAGUUCAGGAGUGCACCACCUCACAUCAGAGUUGAAAAGAUGUUCGAGCAGAUACAGUCUAAGCUCCCGGGGAAGCCUAAGUUCCUUCUUUGCAUCCUCGCAGAAAGGAAGAACUCUAACGUUUAUGGUCCUUGGAAGAAGAAGAACCUUGCUGAGCUUGGAAUCGUGACUCAGUGCAUUGCUCCCACCGCCAGAAUCAAUGAUCAGUACCUCACCAACGUUCUCCUGAAGAUCAACGCCAAGCUCGGUGGUCUAAACUCACUGCUAACUAUGGAGCGCUCACAGGCAAUGCCGUCAGUUACGCAAGUUCCUACAAUCAUUGUCGGCAUGGAUGUUUCCCAUGGUUCCCCUGGCCAGUCUGAUGUGCCAUCUGUUGCUGCGGUGGUGAGCUCCAGGCAAUGGCCACUCAUCUCAAAGUACAGGGCAUGUGUGCGCACACAGUCUCGUAAAGUGGAAAUGAUCGACAACCUUUUCAAGCUUGUCCCUGGCAAAGAAGAGAAGAUGGUUGACGAGGGAAUUUUCAGGGAGCUCUUGGUCGACUUUUACUCCAGCUCCCAGAAGAGGAAACCAGACCACAUCAUCAUUUUCAGGGAUGGUGUGAGUGAGUCCCAGUUCAACCAGGUUCUGAACAUCGAGUUGGAUCAGAUGAUGCAGGCAUGCAAGUUUCUCGAUGAAAAAUGGAACCCCAAGUUUACAGUGAUCAUUGCUCAGAAGAACCACCACACCAAGUUCUUCCAGGAUAAAGGACCAGACAAUGUUCCUCCAGGGACUAUCAUUGACAGCAAGAUCUGUCACCCUCGGAACAACGACUUCUACCUCUGCGCUCAUGCGGGGAUGAUUGGAACUACAAGGCCAACACACUACCAUGUGCUGUACGAUGAGAUCAACUUUACCACAGAUGACCUCCAGGAACUUGUGCAUUCGCUGUCAUAUGUCUACCAGAGGAGCACCACUGCCAUCUCAGUCGUUGCACCGAUUUGUUAUGCUCACUUGGCGGCUGCACAGAUGGGAACUGUGAUGAAGUUUGAGGACUUGUCUUUGUCUGAGACAUCAUCGAGCCAUGGCGGGAUCACGACUCCUGGGGCAGUGCCUGUGCCACCCAUGCCAAAGUUGAACCCGGAGGUUGCAAGUUCCAUGUUCUUCUGCUGACGGAACAGUCCAGUCUACCACGGCUUCUAUCUUUCUUUUUGCUUAUGAUCGUACCAACCAAACUUUAAACGCUCUUGGUCGAUGCUUCCACUUCUCUUUUUCAUCGGCCCUUAUAUCUCAGUACUCUUUAUGAUUUCUUCUGUGUGUUUUGGAUCUUUUGAUGGGCGUUGGUUGUGGAUAUUUGAUCUAUGCUUUAAUCAAAUCGGUGGAAUUUUAAGACAUUAUUAUUGUUUUUAGCGGUU